UCAUCCACUACACUACCUACCCAUCCAAAAUGUAUAUCAACAUCAUCUCGUGCCUUUUAGCAACUGCCGCCAUAGCCACAGCCUCACCGACAGUCUAUCUUAUCCGACACGGCGAAAAACCCAGCAAUGGCAGCACCGGAUUGAGCGCCCAAGGUCUCGACCGCGCACAAUGUCUACGAUCCGUCUUUGGAAAAGACUCCAAGUACAACAUCGGCCAUAUCAUCGCACAAACACCCAAAAGCAACGGCAAACAAGCACGACCCUACGAAACAGUCGAACCCCUCGCCACCGAUCUAGGUCUUACGGUUGAUACAUCCUGUAGCCGUGACGAUAGCAAGUGCGUCAAGAAAGUCGUCGACAAGUACGAUGGGGACGGGAAUAUUUUGAUCUGCUGGGAGCAUAAGAAGUUGACGGAUAUUGUGGAGGAGUUGGGGGAUGAUGAUGCCCCUGAUUAUCCGGAUGAUCGGUUUGAUGUGAUUUGGACUGAUCCAUCGCCGUAUUCAGAUAUCACGGAUAAGACGAGUGAGAAGUGUCCUGGUUUGGAUGGCUAGAUUGUUGGAUAUUGAUUCUGUCAUGCUAGAAGUAUAUACAUAGAGAACUUGCGUAUGGUUUUGCUGGGAACGAACAACAGUAUACAAACAUAUAUUGUGUGUGCCUUGGGAAUUGAAAAUAUAUUCAACAACCAAUUUUUAUCUCCCUAAACACAUGUUUAUAUAUAUAUCCUAAUUUCGGCCUGUGCG